AUGUCCAAUACAUAUUCAAACAACCCGGUAGCUAUUUAUCCUGACAGCGACACCUCAGAGGAACCUGCGACGACAAGUUUCAGUCUACCUUCUCCAUUGCACGAAGAGACCGAAAGCCAGCUCCCAGAACUUCCCGAUGACUGGAAACCACCAACUGAGCCCGAUGCUCGCUACCACUUCACUUCAUUCUGCCAGCUGAUGGUUGGAGAGCCCACUCUUGAAAAACUGUGGCAGGAGGUGGCACAGGAGAACGGCUGGAAGAAGCGAAACGAUCGUUUGUUCGUUCACUUCUUGGGGAUCAUGGUGGGCACUAGUGAAGUAUCUGAAACGGCGUGUAGGGAUGUCAUGGGAUUCCUCACUUUCUUCCGCAUGAUACAACUCAAUUUUGUCUACUCUUUUACGUCGCUCAUAAGCGCUUUCGGUGCACUGUUCCUGGGGUCACUGCUUCAGGGGUGGAGUGGCUUUGUCUGGACUAUGGUGCCUUUGUCAAGUGCCAUGGUGCUGGACGAUGUUUUGAUGAAGAACGUACGGAGGCUUCUAGACGGUUUAGUCGACUAA